AGGAGCGUGUCCACUCCCCUCUUCCCUCUUCCCUCUUCCUCCCCCCUCACUACCCUCCUCUCUCUCACUACAAAAUCAGCUCUCUCCCCAGUCUUACUCCUCUGCCAUCUCUCUCUCUCUCUCUCUCUCGCAAAAUGACUGACCCAGAAGUAGAGCCGCAUUCUAGUGCUGAGUCCGAGAGCAGCAGCAGCAGCAGCACCGGCAACUCCGGGCUGCAGGCGGUCGAGAAACGCCCCAGACAAAGUACAAAGAGCAGCAGCAGCAGCAGCUUUAAGCACCCGGUUUACCGGGGAGUCCGAAUGCGGAGCUGGGGCAAGUGGGUCUCCGAGAUCCGGGAGCCCCGCAAGAAGUCCCGGAUUUGGCUCGGGACCUUCCCCACCCCGGAGAUGGCCGCCCGUGCCCACGACGUAGCAGCCCUCAGCAUCAAGGGCGCCUCCGCCGUCCUCAACUUCCCCCACCUCACCAGCCUCCUCCCCCGCCCUGAGUCCCCCCUGCCCCGCCACGUCCAGGCCGCCGCCACCCGUGCCGCAGCAAUGACCGAGCUCGACCCCUCCUCCUCUUCCUCCUCCUCCUCCCAUUCCCUGCCUUCAUCAGAACCGUCCACGUCGCCCUCGUCGGUGUCAGAGUCUGACGAUCAGGAGCUGGGCCAGAUCAUUGAGCUCCCCAACAUAGAGUGGGGCGAGUUCGCGCUGGUCGACACGGUCGUGGACCGGUGGGCCGAGCCGCCGCAGUGGGUGGAGGAGGGAGCGGCUGAGUUUGGGGUGGACUAUUUCCUCGAGCAGAUGUUGGCUGCAGAUAGCAAUGACUUCCCCAGCAAGCACGAAGGUCUAGUGCGAGAUUAACGGCUAACUUAUUACUCUGCCUUUUUAGUUCUCUCUUUUCUUUUUUCUUUUUGUUUGUUUCUUUUUCUUUCGGUAAUUAUAUAUUUUUUCAGGUGGCUUGAUUUGUAAUCUCUUCUUCUUCUUUUUUUUUUUGCUUUUUUUUUUAUGUUAUACCUUGGCACCUAUACACUAUACCCUAACUGGUUUGAUAUAUAUGUGUAAUAUAAGUUCACACAAUUUAGAAAUUGAUAGCUCUGCUUUUAUUUCUUUC